GCCCGCCCGGCCCGAUAGGGGCCGUGAUGCAGCGCGCCCGCCCGCCCGCCGCCGCUUCGGCUCUCAGGUAACCGCCGCCGCCGCGCUCGGCCCCACCUCACACCGCCACCACCACCAGCGGGGGAGGCGCUGCCCGGGGCGGCCGCUCCGCCCCUCCCGUCCCAUCCCGUCCCGUCUCCGCCGGCGGGGCUGCGGGGCCCGUUCCGCCGCGGGCCUCUCGCGGGCCGUGGGGUGCCGAGGGGUGCCCCGCAGGGCUGGGUGAGCCCGGGCCGGGCUGGGGGUGUCCGUAAACCCUCACAUCCCAGAACUCGUUUUUCCUCGCCGAGGCGCUGCUGGCUGAAAUGUAGAUCGCAGCUGCUGCCUGUGAAGGACUCGUGCCCAUCUGAGCCUGCGCAGCGUCUCUGACUGCUACCAUGAUCUUCUGCAUACUGCUGCUGGCCUCCCUGCCUGAGCCAUCUGGCUCCGAAGUCAACCCUGCUACAUGCCGUUACCCUCUGGGAAUGCAUGAGGGCACGAUACGGGAUGAAGACAUCACUGCUUCCAGCCAGUGGUAUGAUUCCACAGGACCCCAGUAUGCACGGUUACAAAGGGAAGAGGGGGAUGGAGCCUGGUGCCCAGCUGGCUUGCUGCAACCAGAAGAUGUACAGUUCCUCCAAAUUGACCUGCAUAAGCUCUUUUUCAUCACCUUGAUUGGGACUCAGGGACGACAUGCCCGUGCCACAGGCAAAGAAUUUGCCCGUGCUUAUCGAAUUGACUACAGCCGCAACGGAGAGCGCUGGAUCUCCUGGAAGGAUCGUCAGGGCAGGAAGGUAAUACAAGGCAACAUUGAUACGUAUGAUGUGGUCUUGAAAGAUCUCCGGCCUCCCAUCAUUGCUCGCUUCAUCCGGGUCAUUCCUGUGACGGAGCUGCCCAUGACUGUCUGCAUGAGGGUAGAGCUCUAUGGCUGUGUCUGGUACGAUGGUUUGGCAUCCUAUAGCAUCCCCGAAGGAGGGACAAUAGCGGCUCCUGGCUUUCCCAUCGUUUAUCUGAAUGACUCGACCUAUGAUGGCUACCAGGAGCGCAGGCACUUGUAUGGCGGUCUAGGCCAGCUGACGGACGGCGUGCUGGGGCUGGACGACUUCACACAGAGCCACCAGUACCGCGUGUGGCCGGGCUAUGACUACGUGGGCUGGAAGAACGAGAGCUUCAGCACGGGCUUCGUUGAAAUGGAAUUUCAGUUUGACCGACCGCGGAAUUUCACCUCCAUGAAGGUGCAUUGCAACAACAUGUUUUCCAAGGGGGUGAAGAUCUUCCAGAAGGUGGAGUGUCUGUUCAAACCACGCCUGAUUGCAGACUGGGAGCCUGAACCCGUUGGUGUGGCGACAGUCCUGGAUGACAAAAAUCCCAGUGCUAGGUUUGUGACUGUCCCCCUCAACCAGCAUGUGGGUAAAGCCAUGCUGUGCCGCUUCUACUUUGCUGACACCUGGAUGAUGAUCAGCGAGAUCUCCUUUCAGUCAGACAUGGAGAGUGUAAAUCCUAUUUUGGUUACGGCAGCCACAAGCACUACAGAUGCCCUGGAAACGGCGUACAACGUUACUGAGGGGACGUGGGAAACCACAUCUUCUGUAACGAGCACCUGGAUAGGAGAGAAGGCAGAUGACUCCAAUACCUCCAUCCUUGUGGGCUGCCUUGUGGCUAUUAUUCUUCUACUCCUGUUGAUUAUAAUCAUUAUUCUUUGGAAGCAAUAUGUUCAAAAAAGGCUGGAAAAGGCCCCACGCCGAAUCCUGGAGGAGGAUGCCACAGUUCGCCUCUCCUUCUACAGCUACACCAUUGCCAACAACCAGACCCAGAUCCACCAGUCAAAUCCCACCUACGAACGUGCUUUUCCACUGGAUUUGGAAUAUCACCAGCCAACCACGCUGCUCCACAAGCUUCCAGAGCUAUCCCAAAGUGCAGAGGAUUCGGUGUGCAGUGGGGACUACGCUGAGCCGGACCUGACCAAGUCCACCCCUCACCAAGGCUUUCAGAACAGUGUUCCUCACUAUGCUGAAACAGAUAUUGUCCACCUCCAAGGCGUGACGGGCAACAACAUGUAUGCAGUCCCAGCCCUCACAGUGGAUUCCCUUACCAAGAAGGACAUCUCUGUAGGUGAAUUCCCACGGCAGCAGCUACGACUCAAGGAGAAGCUGGGAGAAGGACAGUUUGGGGAGGUGCACCUUUGUGAAGCUGAUGGCCUGCUGGAGUUCCUGGGGGUCCCUUCCACAGAAUUCACUCACCAGCCAGUUCUCGUAGCAGUGAAGAUGCUGAGAUCAGAUGUCAACAAAACAGCCAGAAAUGAUUUCCUGAAAGAGAUCAAGAUUAUGUCACGGCUGAAGAACCCAAAUAUCAUCCGGCUUCUGGGGGUGUGUGUGCAGGAUGACCCGCUGUGCAUGAUUACAGAAUACAUGGAAAACGGAGACCUCAAUCAGUUCCUAUCGCAGAGGGAGAUCUACAGCAAAUUUGCAAUUUCAAACAACAUUCCCUGUGUCAGCUACUCUAACCUGCUCUACAUGGCCACCCAGAUUGCCUCUGGAAUGAAGUAUUUAGCAUCUCUGAACUUUGUGCACAGAGAUCUGGCAACUCGGAACUGCCUGGUGGGCAACAACUACACCAUCAAGAUCGCAGACUUCGGCAUGAGCAGGAAUCUGUACAGCGGGGAUUACUACCGCAUCCAGGGCAGGGCGGUGCUGCCCAUCCGUUGGAUGGCCUGGGAAAGCAUCCUCCUGGGCAAGUUCACCACGGCCAGCGAUGUCUGGGCGUUUGGGGUCACCCUCUGGGAGAUGUUCAUACUGUGCAAGGAGCAGCCUUACAGCCUCCUCUCAGAUGAGCAAGUCAUCGAGAACACAGGGGAGUUCUUCCGGAGCCAGGGCAGGCAGAUCUAUCUGUCCCAGACUCCUCUGUGUCCUAACCCCGUGUUUGACCUGAUGCUGAAAUGUUGGAGCAGGGACAUAAAGGACCGUCCCACUUUUGACAUGAUUCACCACUUCCUGCUAGAACAAAUGGAAUCAAACAUUUGACUCCUGCAAAAGAGACAGACUGCUGGGAACAGAGUGACCGCGUGUCCCCGCGGGGGGCAGCCUGGGCACCCCGCUCUGCUCCCUUGACUGUUCCGUACUUAAAUGGAGACGUCCAUGGCAGCUGCUGGUUCUAUUGGCCAUGGGCUGACACACGCAGGACCAGAGGAUCUCGUUUGCUUGAAAAAUCAUCUCCUCUUCUGAAUCAUUUCCUGGGAAUACUGUGAGGGGUUUAUUCGGCACCCGUACGCCUUUGGGAAACAUGAACGCAUCCCGCCUCGCUGGGCACGUGGAGCUCUCCUGGUUGGGAUGGGAGCUGCCGGAGAGCCACGAUCCAAGGACAGAUUCUAGAAGUAAAGACUUCAGUCUCCUCGAACUAUUCCAUUCAAUCAGAUGGAAGUCUUGUGCACAUUAGCAGGUGUUUCUGUAGGCUCGUGCUGCAGACAGUUUGUGUAGUGAGAAACUAUGGGCUGACAGAGCUAGGAAACGUUUAGGGACCUGAGGACUGACAGAGCUGGAUUAGCAACCCUUUGGGAGCGACGCUAUCAGGGUCUGCAGAGGAUGCUGGUAGAGGAGUCCAAGAGCAUGUUCUUUUUUCCUGUGGUUGUUAAGCACUGCUUUUGUUACAUAUGUGCGUUUUGGUUUUUUUUUCCCCACACUGGAUUUUUUUCUAGAAAAAAAAACAAUUAAAAAAAUGAAUGUUAAAGGUCGUAGGGAGGUCACUGUGAUCUCCUGACCUGCAGAUUAAGGCUAGGGUAGGGAGUUUGUAUUGAAAAGUAGCUGAUACUGUACUACUGUCACUAUGUAGAUUCAUUAGCCUAAUGAACUUGUAGCCACAAUGGACUGAUGUGCAAUUAAUCCUGUAUAAGUACCCAUUAAUAUGAGAUCUCUAAGUCGACGCUGUUACACGUGCAGAGGGAACUUAGAUUUGGUGAAACCCGAUGGCUGAGAGCAGAACCCGCUGUGUCACAGCUCAGGGGGGAGGAAGAGGGGCAGAGCGCCCUCCGGCCCCGCUCCACGUGUGCACACCUGCUGAGAGGUGUCUGACACCGGUGCUUCCUCGCGGCCCCGUGGGGUUGGUGCUGCAGCAGGCGGGCGCCCUGCAGCCCACGGCAUGGAGCUGUCUGUCACCUGUGGGGCGCAGACCCCCCAGCUUUGGCUGCUCCCUGCACAGCACACGGCAGCUCCUCGUCGAACUGGGGUUGGUUUGGGGCUGCUUCUCCAGCGCUUCGUUCUCUGGAGGAUGUCGCAGGGCUGCGAGGGGUUGCAGGACUCCGCUCGUUUCUACACUAAAUCUGCUGUGGAUUUGUCAGGUGCCUGGGGGACACUGCUGCCCCCUCCGUAGUUGUUUAUCCAGAUCUUAAGGACCAAUCUGAGCAUUUCAUAAACUGGGAGAAGGUGGAAGUUCAGCACUUUGAAAAACGGCAUCCGCUCUGGUGUGAAUUUCCAGUGAGGAUCAUGAGGAUAAUCCCCACCUUGGCCAGAGGAAACGUGUGCUGCGCUGCCAGCCCUGCAAGGGCGCUGCUGCACGGGGAGUGCCAGAGAGCUGCUGCUAAGAGGGUGGCUGCGGCUGUUGGACUGAAAGGGCAACCUGCACCCCGAGCACUGGGAGCCGGCGUGGCUGCGUGCACAGCGCUGUGCUGCUGGCUGGCAGGGCUCACAUCGCUCUUAUCCCGGAGCGUUUCCAUCCCACCCCAGAAAAUGCAGGACUGCAGCUGUGUGUGAUGUCUGUUUCUGAGUUCCGAGGUUCUGGAAUGCUGUACCGCCGCCUGGGCCGUGUCCUUCUGUAACAUCAGUUCCUCCACUGACGCACUGACAUACGGAGUUUCUCUCGCAUCAAUAAAUCCUAACGAUAACCUUGA